ACCGAGAGCCGCGAGCUCUGUCCCGCGGAAAGGGCGCGGGCGGGUGUCCGCGAGGCGGGGCCGGCCCGAGCGCUGGGCGGGGCCGGGCUCCAAGCUCCCGGCAGCCCCGCUGUCCUGCCAGAGCGGGCUGGAGGGGAGCCGCGGCUGCAGCAUGGAGCGGAGCACGGGGCAGAGGGCGCCCGUCUUCGACCUGCCUAAGGUAGAACUUCAUGUCCACCUGGAUGGAGCCAUUAAGCCAGAAACAAUCUUAUACUUUGGCAAGAAAAGAGGAAUUCCGCUCCCUGGUGACACUGUUGAAGACCUCUUGCAGCAUGUCAGUUACACGGAGCCACUCACUCUCACCCAGUUUCUAGAAAAGUUUGCUCUCUACAUGCCUGCCAUUGCGGGGGACCGCGAUGCUGUGAGAAGAAUAGCCUAUGAGUUUGUAGAAAUGAAAGCGAAAGAAGGUGUCAUCUAUGUUGAGGUCAGGUACAGCCCUCACCUCCUAGCCAACUGCAAAGUUCAUCCUGUUCCAUGGGGCCAAGAAGAGGGCGACCUCACUCCGGAUGAAGUGGUUCACCUUGUUAAUCAGGGAUUACAGGAUGGAGAAAGGAAUUUCAACAUCAAAGCCAGGUCUAUUCUAUGCUGCAUGCGCCAUAUGCCAAGCUGGUCAUUGGAGGUGGUAGAGCUGUGUAAGAAAUACCAGAACAAUACGGUGGUAGCCAUAGACCUGGCUGGGGAUGAGUUGGUGUCUGAGACCUUCCCAGAGCAUAGGAAGGCUUAUGAGGAAGCUGAAAGAUGUGGCAUUCAUCGCACUGUCCACGCUGGGGAGGUUGGGGCACCGUCUGUCAUCAAGGAGGCAAUCAAUGUUCUGAAGACCGAGCGGAUUGGCCACGGCUACCAUGUCCUGGAAGACCCAGCCCUUUAUAGGGAGCUGUUGGGUAGGAAGAUGCAUUUUGAGGCCUGUCCUUGGUCCAGUAUCCUCACCGGAGCAUGUGAUCCAGAUUUUGGGAAACACCCAGUAAUUCAGUUUAUGAAUGAUAAAGCCAAUUACUCCCUGAACUCUGAUGACCCGCUCAUUUUUCAUUCUGCAAUUGAGACUGAUUACAAAAUAGCUAAGCAGUUCCUGGACUUCACUGAAGAGGAGUUCAAGAGAGUGAACAUCAACGCAGCUAAGUCCAGCUUCCUGCCUGAGAAAGAAAAGAACGAGCUUCUCAGUAAGCUGUAUGAAGCCUACGGGAUGGUCCCAAACAACCCAUCCUAAUCCUGCUUCUACCAGCCGGCAGGUUGCGUUCACCUCUCCCCAUGUGUGCUCGACUCCUCUUUGUUUUAGUGGGAGCAUUUGGGGAGGAGGUGCCAUGGUAUUACUUUGCUGACCUUUACAGUCCAAGGCAUACACUAUAAAGCAGUAUUUCCAUGGUUCCUACCUUAUAUACCUACAUACAGCACCCACAUACUAAAUAGAUAUCUGAUUUCCUAGAUUUCUGACUCACAAAUGUCCAGGUGGAGUUUUCUGGCAUAAUUCCAUUGUGGCUUAUGCCAGUUUUACAUCCUGGUGUAAAUGAGAGCAAAAUAAGGCCCUCUUUCUUUGUGGUGGUGGUGGUAACAUUUUGAUGUGACUUUUUGGUGCUCUAGUUCCCUUGCUGAUCUACCUUAAGUCCCUCUUUGCACUACAGAAGUAAUCAUGUUGAGCUGCGGCUGUGGUCAAACCAUGGUAGAAGACAGUUUUUUCCCCACCUUGCUCGUGUGCUUCAAACUGGGUGAAAUUGUUUCAGCAAAUAGUUUAUUUGCUGAAAAAUGCAGCUUUAAUCACCCCAGAGCCAUUCACGAAUUUCUCUUGCAUUUGCUGAAUACAAUCUGAAAAUGCCAGUGACCUAACUCAAAAUGUUUUGAAUUUGGCCAUUUGUCUAGUGUGCAGAGGCCGGGGAGGACCUCCCUUUUACAGGCUUUAGCCCAUUAGUUAGGGUACUGUCCUGGGGAGGGCUGCUCAGGCCUACUGAUAAGACCUGACUGGACCAGAACCCAAGCUGAGCACAGCUGACCUGAAAGUGUCAAGUCUUUUUCAGAACGGACCUCCUGAACCAAUCCCCACCUGCAUCAUCACCGCCACCACCUUGUUCUUAGGGCUCGGCCUGGUAGGAGUUUCCCACUCCCGACUCCUCCUCUCUGGCCACCUCGUGCCCAUGGUGGUGCCUGCGUGUCCCACUCUGCCAGCUGCCCCCACCUCGCUGCUCUGAGUGUGCUGCAAAGUGGGAGGUAUUGCAACUUGUCAGCAUGCUCAACCCAGAGGGUCAGGUUUUUUCAGAUCUGGCCCUGACACACCUACUCUUCUGGGAUAUGGGAGGCUCCAGUUCAGUUCCGCUCUCUGCCUGAUGAGGAAGAAAGAAUUGAACAUGGGUCUCACACAUUGCAGGAGACGGCCCUACCCACUGGGCUAGGGGAUAUUCUGGUGUGGGGCUUUCUCUGUUUUGCCUGUGAAAGCUGUUCUGUAUAUAAAUAAUUAAAUAGUUGUUAGAGCUGGGACUUCAGCUUGGGUCAACAUGCUAGGUGAGCGCACUAACAACCAGACUAUCAAGUCAUUUUCACUUUAUUCCUAGUCCAGUGACUCUUCAUUGACAUUCAAAGUGGCAGUUCAUAGUCAUUCAUAAAGACAUUGAAUGUAAGUGAGAAUGACUCUAUAUCCGGAUGGGUAGGGCACUUUGCUGCAGUGCAGGGAGACCUAUUCAAAUUCCUUUUCCACAUUUGACAGAGGGGGAACUGAACUCAGGUCUCACACCACUGGGCUAAAGAUAAUUGAGGUGGUCAUCCUCCCCCCAACCUCCACCCGGCAUUUCAUGAUUUCUUCUUUGCUUUUGACAGAUUCCCCAAAUUCAAAAAUGUCAUGUUGGAAUUAAACCUUUUGCUUCAACUUGACUUUUCAACUUUUUGAUUCACCAAAUUUUUUUUAAAAAUAUUUGUGUUCAGUUCAACCCAAAAUGAAUUUUUUUUUGAAUUUUCUCAGAAUGGCCAGUGAACUGAAAAAUCCAUUAUUCACCUAGUUGUAGUGUGCAUGUUAUAAUCAUACGAGAGAACCUGCUUCUGACACUGGUAGAUACCUAAAUAACUAGUUUAUUCUUGUUUGUAUGGCUAGCGUUAAAACACAGUUUGGCCAUAACUGUAUGUAAACAAAAUUUAUUUUGUAUUGUGAAUGGGGACUAAUAACAAGAUGGAAAAUGCAGCCGUGGUUGCACUUAGGCUUUCUGGUUGCAGAAAUAUAGGAACUUUUUUUUUUUAAUUUAACAAUUAUUUUGUACUUUUUUUCAUUUAUUUAAAAAACAAAAAAACCUGUGUCGCAAAACCUUAAAUCCUCAAAAUGUCACUGCAGAUGAGAGCAUAUAGCUCGGCUUCAGGACAGCUGGGGGUCUGUUUGGGGAGCCCAGAGACCUCCAGAGGUUUGCUGCAUGUACAUAUAAAGUUAGUGCACAUCUUUACAAUUUCAGGACAAAAUUCUCCUCUCAGAUUCUCCCCUCCAGCAUUCUGCACUUUGCAAGUGAGUCAAACUCCCAGGGGCUGAAUUUUGUUCUUACUUUAGUCUAUU